ACUGCUCCGCUCUUGUCUGACUUUUAUUCAAACAGAGAUAAUUCGAUUUAGUGAAGGCUGAUUUGUGAAAGGUGGUUGAUAUAAAAACAACACGUGUUCAGCCCCUCAGUUCACUUCCACAACGGAAAGUAGAGGUGUGACCGUUCGAGAUUGAUGAUGAGAAGGCUGUUUCCUUGAUGGCGAUGUGCAAGACUUCUAGGAACUCAGCAACCUUGAGGUCUCAGAUCGGAUAAGUGAUCUUAGGUGAUCAGGGAUGAUCAAAGUGGCCCAAGACAACUGACUAUACAUCUUAUCAGUCCAUGCUGACAUUCUUUGAUUCGAAAGUGUUUGAAUUUCUCACACCGUUUUAUUCGUACAGGGUCACCGGUGAAUCAUUUCAGACUUUAUCAUGGUGAAAUUUGAGCACAUGUCUAAGGAACAGUCCGGUACGGUCCGGAUCGUACGGCCCUCAUUUAGCAUCAGUCGUGUCCUGGGUGAGGAUUUCGGGAGAGAAAAGUGUCCCAGCCACCCUGUGCUCCACCCCACCUCCCUGCCGUGCGGGGACGUGACAGAACCACGGCUUAACUCGGCUCAUUCAGAGAUGAUGACGGACGACGAGGAGGACAUUACGUGUGUUGACGUGGAAUCGGUGGGGUCUGAGGAUGAGGGGGUGGCUGAACGCCCGACCCCCGGGCCUAUGCCACUGGGACUUGUUGUGAGGGAAAGCUCGCCAUCCCGGGAUUCCCCGACCAGUCCGCCACCCGAAUCAACUGCUACAGAAUCUCCGGAAAAUACGGACAAUAAGUACCCGGACGGGAAUAAUAAUAAACGUGACGCCAGCGACAAGGAAGGAGGUGAGAAAGUGACAAAACACGAGAAGCCCCCGUUCAGUUAUAACGCCUUAAUUAUGAUGGCAAUCAGAAGCAGCCCCGAAAAACGCUUGACACUCAACGGUAUUUAUGAAUUCAUCAUGAAAAACUUUCCAUACUACCGUGAAAACAAACAAGGUUGGCAAAACUCAAUUCGCCACAACCUCAGCCUGAACAAAUGCUUUGUGAAGGUGCCCCGGCACUAUGACGAUCCGGGCAAGGGGAAUUACUGGAUGCUUGACCCCUCCAGCGACGAUGUAUUCAUCGGAGGGACCACGGGGAAACUUCGUCGCCGGUCCACUGCCGCCUCCCGAAGCCGCCUGGCCGCAUUCAAACGUACUGGCCUACCUCCGCGGUUAGCCGGACUGGGCUACUCUUUCCAUGGGGACAAGAACCCGUUCCUGUGGCCCGUGUCGUCUCUCUACUCUCUCCCUCCCUCCGCCGCAGCCGCCGCCGCCCUAAGGUACUCUCAGUCAGCAUAUUCGUACGUUUCCCUACCCCCCAGUGCCCCACCCCUCAGCUCGGCACUACCUCGCACCUCCUCCAGUAACACGAACUUUUCGGUGGACAGGCUAUUGGCCACAGACACGACGGAGUGUUCCCCUCUACGACCCACCGGUGUCAACAUAUCCGCCCCUCUGGCUGGCUACAGUAACCUCACAUCUCCACAGGCAGCAGUGCUAUUCCCACACCUCUCACAUAUGCACGUUCAAAACGGUUUACCAUUUGACUUUUUCACCAGUUUUCGUGGACUUCCUAUAUCACCGAGUACGGCGUUCAGUUCGGCGUUAGGAUUGCCCCCUCCCCCGGGUCUCACGGGCACAUCCUGCACCCUUCACCCGACUCCUCCUUCACGUCGGUUCCAGUCUCCGCCAGACCUAGCUGAGAACGAUCGGAACUUUCAUUUAUGUAUUUUAGUGCAGUCUGCAUCGUGUUGUGCCAAACUUACUGAAGAACAAAAAUGAAAUGAUAAAAUUUAUUGUAAAUUAAUAAUUAACGGUGCGAUAGCCUAUGCCGAAAAGACGGUUAUGGAGCAGGCAUUGAGGAUGCUUAUACUAGCACUUUGUGCGGAUGAACAUCUCCCCUAAGAGACAUCAGUCCUUUUACCACUAAUCCAGAUGAACAAUGAAUGGGCGGUGGCACUGUGGAUUCUUAUAUGACCACACUGUGCGGAUCACACCCCGUCCCAAAGACGUCUCUUUACCUCUAACCCCAGAAGAACACUAAACGCUGAAAUGGGUGACGAGACUUUUGAACUGGAUAGCGUUUUCACAAAUGCAAAUUUUUGUAAGCCUUUCAGAGGAAAUUAAUGCCCUUGGAAACUGUUGGUAUUGUCCUACAAAGGUAGGGUAAAUUAAAUACGUUUUUGUCAUAGACAAUUCACUUACAUUUAUUUGUGUCCAGCAAAUGUAUGCAUUGGUGAAGAAAAAUAGAUGUAUGUAAA